AUGAAAUUCGACUCACGCCUAGACAACAAUAUGACCUCGCCGUCGGACGGCGCGACGGUUAGGACUCCUCCAUCACUUCUAUCUACUCUGCUACGUGGUCUUCAUGUUUCUCCACGCUCCAACGCAGAUAUAUCCGAACGCAGGAAACGAGUGUUACGCGCACGCCUGAAAUUAUUCCGCUCCGUGACUCGUCGUCGGGAUCCGUCAGCGGCACGAAGACCGGAUCUCGAACUCGAGCAAUUGGACGGCACGCAAAUCGCCGCACAGUCCUGCCAAAAACACGCUGCUUCGGUGAACAACCUUCCUGUGGAACUACUCUCCAUGAUCUUCCAAUUUUGGGUUUCGGACGAUAGGUCCCCAUCAUCUUACUCCUCGUUGAAAUGCGCGGUGGCGCACGUUUGCAAGCAGUGGCGGCAUGUUGCACUAGAUACUCCCUCCCUCUGGAACUUAGUGGACCUUGGCCGGCCCUUGCUAGCGCAGAAACUCCUCGAUCAUUGUAGACACCCUAUCCAUCUGGUCUGGAAAGGGGCCACGGAGUUAUCUGGUGACAUGGAAACUCUCUUAUCACAUUUACGCCAGUGCCCGGAACGUAUUCAAGCGAUCACUCUUGACGGCUCACCGGAACUCCUCGAUGCCGUAGUUAAAUCUGCCUUCGCCAACCUUCCAUCCACCCGUACUCUAUCGAUCGUUUCCGACGACAAAGCUCACGAUCACGACUUGGUCUCCAUCCGCGGCCUGGAGACACCGGCUCUAGAAUGCCUCGAGAUAGAGGGCUUCGUUGUGCCAUGGACGUGCCCCAUGUAUUGUUCCUCUAAUUUGCGCACCUUAUGCAUCUGGAGAAACCAUGACAGCCCCACCUCCCUUACUCUGGUGCUUGACUGUUUUGAACAUCUUCAGAGCCUCGAGGUCCUCCGAUGGAGCAACGCUCUCCCGGAAGAUUCGCUGGGAUCACCGCCAGGUGAAAACCGGAUCAUUCACAUGCCGUCUCUUCUCGUCGUGGAGCUCUCCGGAACCUGCAGCGGCUGCACUGCCCUCCUCAGCCACAUCUCACGCGAAUACGGGAAUUACAACCUAUCUAUCGAAUGCUCCGACGUUAGUGUUGACCUUUACCCUUCCUUGUGGACAACCGCCGAACCCCACUGGCUCUGCGAGGGAAGGCGUUUAGCGGGAAUUUGCAUUGAAACCACCUCAUAUAGUCUCGAUUUGCGUUUCUGCCGGGAACGACCAAGCGAUUCAAGCUCGGAAGACUACUUUUGCUCCUUCAGGUUGCCUGUGGAAGGUGGGAAGUUACCCGAGAUCAUGCGCGCUCUCGGCCCUUGUAUCGCCGCCCUUCAGUCGCCGGUGUUCACAUUUCAGAACGUGUCUCAGCCAUUGGACGGAGUGGAAUGGAAAGAAGUCAUCAUGAAGUGCUCGCAUACACAAAAGUUGCACAUCACGGGAACUGACGCCGCCGAAUCCUUGGUGCAGAUGCUCCUCCGCCGUGAACCGAGCUCUGUACUCAUGCCAAACUUGAGGUCGCUCUCGUUUCAGGAAGUCGACUUCGAAUGCGUACGACGAAUGGGUAUGGGCUUCCAGGAUAUGUUGGAUCGGUUCCUGCAUGUCGCUAUCAACCAGCCUCCACUCAAACAGUUGCGUCUUAUCUCGUGUUCCAAUAUACUCGACACGGAGAGUGCGUCCGUCAAGAUGAUGGUACCGGAGGUCUCAAUGGCCGAGGGUCGGGUUCGGUUGAUGGGUUCAGGGAUGGCCCAGGCGUAG